ACUCUAUAUCCAAGCAUACUAUCCUAGUUGUAAGAAAUGUCGGCUAGCACGGAUUUCGUCUCGACUGUGCUGAUCAUAAUAUCUCUAUUUACCAGAAUACAGGCCGAGUAUUCAUGUGACGAUAUCUUUACAGGAAAGGUUUCUCCGCCACCAGACUGCUCACAUAGCCAUGAUGAUCCCGAGAUCGACAGCAGAUGUAGAAUAGACCUCGGUGUACAUCCAGUAGGCAGAAACGCAUUACAUAUUCUGGACGAGGGAUUAAAAAGCAAUGUGAGGUUAUGUUUUGGAUGUUCUGAGGAUAAUUUCUAUGGUCAGUGUAACACUGUCAUUGCCUGUCAUCCACAAACAGUGUGUUACUACGAAACUCACACAAACCAUGAUUCAGCGACUCGCACCCGACACAGGUAUGGAUGUAUGUGGGAGUCCUCCCAUGUGUCCUCGGGUGGCCACCAUUGUAGUCAGCCAGACCACGGGAGUGCCUCCGGGACUAGGACAUGUAGUCAACCAAAACUGUGUAAUGGAGGUCCAGCUCAGCUAAAUCACAUUUCGAAUUUAAUCUAUUCACUUCAUCCCACUACUACCACCUCAACAAAACCUACAAUCACAACUGUUACAACAACAACGACCACACCGAAACCAACAACAUUUCCAACAACAAAAUCCACACAGAAACCAAUAAGCACACCUUUAACGUCAACAACGUGUAAACAAGGGGACGGUAAACUGAAGUGUGCCGACUUUAACGACCCUCCGUACUUCACAUGUUCACAGUAUGAUCAUUAUCAUAACAACACAUUGUGUAGCUUGACUUCUGGCCAUGAUCGAGCAGUUAAGGAGUGUCCUCAAUACUGUGGCUUUUGUGACGAGUAUUGCCAGCUGCUGUACAAUGCACAAGGACUAACAACACCAACAACCACCCCAUCAACAACGCCCACACCGAUACCUACAACCACAACUGUUACAACAACGACAACCACACCGAAACUUACUACCACAACCGUUCCAUCAGCAACGUCCACACCGAAACCAAUAACCACAUCUGUACGUUCAAUACCGUGCAAGCAAGGUAACGGUACACUGAUGUGUAUGGACCAUGACAAUCCUCCGUACUUUGUAUGCAAAACAUUUGACCAGGAUUCCGGAUUGUGUGGCUGGACCUCUUCGGGUCAUGAUCGCGCUGUGGACCAGUGUCCACUAUACUGUGGUUUUUGUGACGAGUAUUGCCAGAAGCUGUAUGAUGCACAAGUUCAGACAACGCCGCCAACAACAACAACAUCACAUCGACUGGUCCUCCAUGUGUGGACACCGACACGACGUGUGCUGGAAUGGCCAGCUUCUUGUGUACAGCAUCCGACCCCGUCUCACAGGCUUACGCUAAACAAAGUUGUGCAAAGACCUGCAAUUUCUGUGGACAAAAACAACUCGCCGGAGCGAACAUUCCACUACUUGGAUAAAGACCUUCCUGAUUGCCAUUAA